GGGGGAGGCUGAUGGCAUUGCCAAGCAGAGCGUGGUCGUUUAACUGUUGUUUUGAAAUAACGAACCUUUUUGGUUUGGGAAUACUACCCGUUUUGGUGGUAGAAGGUCGAAUAGAUUUCCUCGUCCGAGGAUUUUAGCUAGGUUCUGUACCUAGCAGCUACGCUUUGUGUCCCCUGAAAACUAAAGAGCCCACGGGCGCGGAAGAACAGGCAGCUGCAGAAAAUGCGAGCGAAUAACCCGCCACUUGGGGCGGACGUUCUGCUAGAAGAAUUACCAGGCAACAAUGCUUUUGAGAAAUGUAUUCUUCCGUUUUCUGUUUGAUGAGUCGUCUUCCAAAGUUCCAGGUCGGCAAUGCGUGUGUAAACCGUACGAUAUUCCUGGCACGUGCCUGGGACGUUUGUGGUUUUCCUAACGGCCCUCGGGGCAUGCCACGUGCUCGCCCCAUAAAUGACACGCCUUAUGUCACCGAAGAACCCCGCAAAAGUGGGAGCUCUCCCCGCCAAGCCGGAGACGAUGCGAACUCUCCACCUUACAUCAACAACACCUCCCUGCCAACAAAGACAUCACCAGACAACAUGUCGUCUCAAGAUUACUACAACCAGCAGCAAGGCUUUGGCUACAGCAACGGUGGCCAGCAAAUCUACGACCCGCAGGCGCCGUACUACGCCCAAGCCCAAAACCCGCCGUCACAGCAGCAUCACUCGCCUCCAAACCAACCCCACCAUCAGGGACCCCCGCAACACCAGCCCUACGGCGGCGGCGGGUAUCAGCACGAUAGCAACCCGCACUACCCCCCGAGCGCUCCUCAGCACCACCAGGGUGCGCCAUACUCCCAGCUUUCACAGCACGGCGGACAGAGCCAAGGACAACACUAUCCGCAGCAGCACCAGCAGCCACCGCACCAGGACCAAAGCCACGGCGGAUCGCAUGACCAGCAUGGACAGCCGAAGCAGGCCCCGCUGAACUCGCUGCUAGGUGCAGCCGCCGGCGCCCUACUCGGUCAUUCGGCUACGGGCGGAGGAGGGGGUGGUGCCCUGGGAGCGGCGGUUGGCGUACUGGGUAGUGCGCUUGGGGGAUCAAAGUUGGAGCACGCUUUGGUUGGGGAGUAGGUGCCAACUCCGUUGCAUAGCUUAAGGUACCGUAUCUAUGGUCAGGGACACAUGCUGACUACCGACUUUGCCAUCACAGCAUUGGUCACGAAAAGAAGGAUAAAAAAGACAAGAAGGACAAGAAGGAAAAGAAGGAUAAGGGAGAGAAGAAGGACAAUAAGGACAAGAAGGACAAGAAACACAAGGAGAAGCACCACAAGGGGUCAGGCGAAUCGGGCUCCGACGACGACUCAGAUAGUGAUUCUGACUAGGGGUUGCUGGUCGCUGUCCUUCUCAAUAUAUCUCGUUCCUCCUUUCUCA